AAAGGACCGAACAGCAGGGGGCAGCAGAGAGCAGCGGCUCACUGACCUCCACCUGCUGGAAGGAAAGAGAAGAAGAGCAGCGCCCCGUCCCUCUGAUCAUGCUGAAGUCGCUUAAAAUCUCAGACUUUGUUUCCCGGAGUGACGGAAUUUGACGGAACACCGGCAGCUUAUGGGAGUUUUCUACUGGAAACCAGUUCCUGCAGCUCACUGCCCACCAUGCUCCGGCUGGGCCUCCCCCUCCUCUGGCUCCUGCUGCUCCUCUCCAGCGCCUCCCUCCCAGGAUUCGCCGAGGAUUCCCCGGAUCCUAAAGUCCAGCUGAACUCCACAGAAACCAACUGCUCCACUGGAUGCCAGGACUCAGGUAACGGUACUGUGAGUCAGAACAAAACGGCUGAAGGCUCUUCAUCAGACGCGAUAAACGUCAUCCAACGGCUGCCUCUGAAUGGGACAAACCAAACCGAAGGACCUGUUAGCAGCCGGCCUCCAGGAAUAGAAGCUCCUCCCACUUCUGCUGCAGCCACGCCCUCUCAGCCUGCAGAUGGUGGCUCCACCACCAGCGCUGCUACAGCUGUCUGGACCUCUACACCUUUGGAAGAUAACAGAACUUCUUCAGCAGCGGUUCUGUCCUCCAAACCUCCAGCUACAACCACUCAGGCUCCGCCCACUGAAACACCGUCAGCUCCGCCUCCUUCCACGCCAUCAGACGCCAUAAGAAGCCCCCCAACCACCACUGUUUUGCCCUCCCGCAGUCAGAGUCCAUCUGUGGCGCCGGCGCUCAGCACCAGAAAGUCCACGCCUUCCCCGUCAUCUUCCAGCGCCGCCGCCUCAGCCAGGCCUCGCAGCAGAACCUCGGCUCCUCCGAGUCGGGUUUCUGUUGUGGAGGAAGCCGGGGCGGUUCUGACCCGGCAGUUGGUGGACACGGCCUCCUUAAUCGCCGUCCUGCUAUUCGGCCUGCUCUUCUUCCUCGUCACGGUGGCGGUGUUCGCCACGCAGGCUUACGAGAGCUACAGGAGGAAGGACUACACACAGGUGGACUACCUGAUCAACGGCAUGUACAGCGACUCCAGCGUGUGAUCCAGGAAGACGGCGAGGCUCGGUUCCGGCUCUGAAGGGUCACAGCAGUGGUUCUGUAGUCGGAACCAGAUCAGACUGCGUCACCCGACACCUUCCUGUCAGCCGUGACCCGUUCAAAACUUUUUUCCUUUGUAGCUUUUUGUUUCUGACUGUUAAUCAGAACCAGGAGUUCUGGUGCUGCUCGGCCUUCAGCUCGGGAUUCUGCUCCGUCUGCAGCGGGGCGGUCCCAGCACGCCCAGCGGGGCGGCUCUCAGUUAGUUGUUUUCUUUUUCUUUUUCGGGAUUAAACUUAAAAAAGAAGACUAAAUGAUGAAAGUUUAAUUAUUCAAACUUUUCUACUGAAUUUAAAACCUCUAAUUUUCGAUAAUUUCUUUUCCAAACUGGGACCAGCCUGCAAUGAUACUGGUUUCUUACUGGUUCCAGUCCCUUUGUCCUGAAUGGGGUUUUGUCGAGCGGUUAGAAGCAGUUAAUAUCCUCCCUUCAGUAGAAGCGUCCGUUUUAGACGCUAACGGAGUUCCUUCCACAGUUCGUGGUCCAAACCCAGAACUCAGGCCGGUUCAGAGGAAGUCUUAUGAGUAUUAUUAUUAUUUUUGGAUCCUUUUACUUUCAUGUUUCUCUUAAUGAAGCCAGAUAAGGAGCGCCGCUCAUUCCUCCUCUAUCUAUCUUUCAUGGUAGGAAAGUUUUGCUGCGAUAAUACGUUUUAUUUUUCUCUUUGGACCUGGUCCAACUAAAGCGUGAUUAUAACCUCGAUGACUGAUGAUGGGAGGAAUCUGUCGACCAGUUAACAGCAGGCGAUCGAAGCAGAGCUCAGUUUAACAGAAGACGCCACCGUUUCCCUCCUGACUGAGAUGAAGGUUGGGUUUCAUUGGAACGUCUUUGGUAGUUGAAGGCAUCUCAGCUUUGUUGAUGUCGGGGGAACCGAUGGCGCUGCAGAUGGUUUCUGGGUUCACUGAUCCUCAUCUGCUUUCUGGUCCUUCCUAGAGAGCUCCACAGCUCCUCGCUCUGGGUUCUGCUUUAAAGAGCUGUUUUUCUUUAGGAACCUGCGUCAGGGAGCAGAACCAACCAAAAACCAGCAUGUCUUCUAACUAAACUCUCUG